CGGGAGCGUCCAAUAACGACUAGGGGAUCCGGGCAAGUAAAAAUGGCUAAAAAGAAGCGGGAGAAACUGGGCGUCGCUCUAGAGAUCGAUGGGCUGGAGGAGAAGCUGUCACAAUGUCAGAGGGACCUGGAGGCUGUGAACUCCAGGCUCUGUGGGGCAGAGCUGAGCCCAGACACCAGGAAGUCUCUGGAGAAGGAGAAAAACAGCUUGAUGAACAAAGCCUCCGACUAUGAAAAGGAGCUGAAGUUGCUUCGGCAGGAGAACCGGAAGAACAUGCUGCUCUCUGUGGCCAUCUUUGUCCUCCUGAGCCUCAUCUAUGCCUGCUGGACCAUGUGAGCCCAAGAUUUCUCCAGUUUGUAGCCUGGUUGCAACCAAGCAGGCCCUUCAGGCCUCAAGAGGACCAAGGUACAGGGACGUUUCUGCUCCACCCGGACACUGGAGCAGGGCUUCCCGUUGGCUCAGUCCCUCCUGCUGCCCUGCCCUGCCCUGCCUUGGGGCCUGGGUCUCCAGGACUGCGUGCUGGCCCCUCCCUUAGCCCACGGGAGAGGCAAUAAAGAACACCAGGGCUGCGCCUGUCUGCUGA